AUGCGUCGGAAUGGACCAUGGGAGCGUUGCAGACUUCUUGCGUUUGAAAACAUCUCUCGCAAGACGUUAUUACGUGGCUCAAGGAGCGCCUCGCAUAUCGCUACCAAAGUUGUCUGGAAACGCCGAAAGUCUGCGUGUCACCUAAGAAGGAGGAAGUUUGCAGCGACUUCAGCUCUCAUAUUUUUCGCUUCGUUGUUUUUCCUUGCGCCUCGAAGCAGACAACAAGCCAAUCGACGUCUUCCAACUGAAGCGCUUUACGACUGUUACGAUUGUCUUAACGAGUCUGCUCAGUUUUCCCGUUUGCAUUUGCCUGCUUCUGGUGAUCAGAAUCACACCGUAGGAUUGACUUCAAGAGUGUAUGGCCCUGUUCGGCGAAGCGUGGGACUCUCGUGGUUUGCAUAUGAGAAUGUGUGCAUGAAUGGUGAGGACUCAAUAAAGUACUUUGAGACUGAAGACGGAGGUUACUUGGCAAAUGUAUCUCGCCUGGGAUUGUCAGGUGUGACUCAACCUUACAGGAGUGCCCCCUUCAAUAGGGGGAGGGCCGGGGCGACCGAUCUUUAUUAUUUGAGAGGUACGACGCUCAUCCUCGGCUGUUGGCGGGUAGCACGGGGCAGGUUGCAGCCAUCACAUUUUUUGUUUGGCUAUGGCAAGUUGUAUGCCUUAAUCAAUGAUGGCUUAAAUCGAUUGGACGUGAAUCAUGUUGUCUUUUUCCAGUGUCCAGAUGCAUUUCAAGGCAACCGAGGCGACUUUUUCCAUUCAAUCUUCGAAAUAGUUUUCCGCUCUGGAACGCGAAACGGCUGGUUUAACUCGUCCACGCGGAUUUACACGGUUGGAUUUGAGGAACGCACGCCGAUCUUGUGUAUUGAGAGAGGGAUGAUGGAUCAUUCAACGGGACGUUAUCUCGGGCAAAAUCACGAUAAGACAAUUCUAUCUUGGAAAGGCGAUUUAUUGCGCUUUCUGCAGAGCGAGUCCAAAAGCAGGAAGUUGGAAGAAAGAGAAUAUCCAUCUCCCAGAAAUGGUAUACUGUCACGACCGAAAGGCUUCCAUCUUGACUGCUUCUCUACGUUGCGAAUAGGCAUCUUCCAACGUUCAGAAGGGAGUAAUCUUCGGCUGUUUACAAAUCUUCCAGACGUUAUCGCAUUGGCUGAGACAUUCAGUGCGAGUGUUGAAGUUUUCACAGUAGAUUCAAGCACCAGCUUUCAUAAAGCACUCAUAACGUUCAACUCCUUUGAUAUAUUUGUUGUGCCACAUGGUAGUCACAUGACAAAUGGAUUGCUGAUCGAUUCCCGACGGCGCAGGGUGACUGUAAUCGAGGUAGUUGCCACGUGUGUAAAUUCAGAUUUCAUGCAGAACCUUAAACCUUUUGUUGCGAGCUAUGAGAUCAGUACCGGGCACACUGUUCGUGAAAGUUCGGUACAGCAAUACAUCUCAGAGUGCGAGACAUACGAAGUACGAGGAUGUUCUUUCACACCGCGUUGUGGUUUCCCCCAUGUAAGACGUGCGUUGCAAGAUGUCCUGGUAAACAUUACGGUGCUGCGACGUGCUCUUCAGCGAGCUGUGGCGCUAUCUUGUGGUAAACCUCACCAUCUAUGGUCAUUUGGGUAG